AUGGAGAAAAGAUUCGGUGCAGACCCAAACCAGAAGGCCCGGGUUCUACUGCGUGAUGUGAUGGAGAAGAUGAAGCCAUUCUUAAUGGCAUAUGAAGGGAUUCAAAGAAGAGCGGGAGGUGAAGCAGCACCUAUAUUUAUUCAUAUUAUUUAUUGUUACUAUUAUUUCAUUGCUUCAAUAAUGAGUAAGCACAAGAAAGAAGUAGUUAUGGAGAAAGCUGAAAAUGAUUUAGCUGCCGUGAUGGAUCAACACAAGUCAUGCAUAGAAUAUGUUGAAGCUGCUACACUUUGCAACUUUUGUAAAAAUGGUACACUUUUGAAUCUUGAUGGGAUCAAUACUUCCUUGCUACCUCUAAGCGACCCAUCGGUCGAGCCUUUGCAGAUUAAAUGCCACUUAGAAUUCAUCUGUAAUGAACUCGCAUCUUGGGGUUGCUUCCAUUCUCUGGUGUUGCAUCGGGAUGAGAAGUAG